AAGAGAGUCAUGGAAAUUAAUAUGCUGUGAUCUAAGAAGAAUGUAAUUUUUUAAACUAUCAAUUGCUAUGAACUAGAGAGUCAACCCAGCCCAGCACUGCCAUAAUAUGUAUUCUGUAUGAAGAACUUACGUUAACAAGAGCUGACGCAAGUUGGACAGAAGGAGGUGUUGGGGUGAGGUGGUGGUGUUGAUUGGCUUGUCUCGUUCACUCCCACUGGUCUUUAAAUCAAUGUCUAGAUCUCUAAAGUUUCAUAUAAAUCAAAGCUGUUAAACGGGUCUGCCAUUCCAAACAAGUCAGGAAAGCCUGCACAGGACUGGAUAAAUAAUUAAGAACAGAGUGUUCUGAACAUCAACACAAAGUGGAAUAACCUUAAGCUGAAGGUACAGUAUAUUAUUUACACUGAAGGGGCUUGUGUGUGGACAAGAAAGCGCUGACAGCUCAAAUGGAUCCCAUGGAACUGAGAAAUGUCAACAUCGAACCAGAUGAUGAGAGCAGCAGUGGAGAAAGUGCUCCAGAUAGCUACAUCGGGAUAGGAAAUUCAGAAAAGGCAGCAAUGAGCAGUCAAUUUGCUAAUGAAGAUGCUGAAAGUCAGAAAUUCCUGACAAAUGGAUUUUUGGGGAAAAAGAAGCUGGCAGAUUAUGCUGAUGAACACCAUCCCGGAACCACUUCCUUUGGAAUGUCUUCAUUUAACCUGAGUAAUGCCAUCAUGGGCAGUGGGAUCCUGGGCUUGUCCUAUGCCAUGGCCAACACAGGGAUCAUACUUUUUAUAAUCAUGCUGCUUGCUGUGGCAAUAUUAUCACUGUAUUCAGUUCACCUUUUAUUAAAAACAGCCAAGGAAGGAGGGUCUUUGAUUUAUGAAAAAUUAGGAGAAAAGGCAUUUGGAUGGCCGGGAAAAAUUGGAGCUUUUGUUUCCAUUACAAUGCAGAACAUUGGAGCAAUGUCAAGCUACCUCUUUAUCAUUAAAUAUGAACUACCUGAAGUAAUCAGAGCAUUCAUGGGACUUGAAGAAAAUACUGGAGAAUGGUACCUCAAUGGCAACUACCUCAUCAUAUUUGUGUCUGUUGGAAUUAUUCUUCCACUUUCGCUCCUUAAAAAUUUAGGUUAUCUUGGCUAUACCAGUGGAUUUUCUCUUACCUGCAUGGUGUUUUUUGUUAGUGUGGUGAUUUACAAGAAAUUCCAAAUACCCUGCCCUCUACCUGUUUUGGAUCACAGUGUUGGAAAUCUGUCAUUCAACAACACGCUUCCAAUGCAUGUGGUAAUGUUACCCAACAACUCUGAGAGUUCUGAUGUGAACUUCAUGAUGGAUUACACCCACCGCAAUCCUGCAGGGCUGGAUGAGAACCAGGCCAAGGGCUCUCUUCAUGACAGUGGAGUAGAAUAUGAAGCUCAUAGUGAUGACAAGUGUGAACCCAAAUACUUUGUAUUCAACUCCCGGACGGCCUAUGCAAUUCCUAUCCUAGUAUUUGCUUUUGUAUGCCACCCUGAGGUCCUUCCCAUCUACAGUGAACUUAAAGAUCGGUCCCGGAGAAAAAUGCAAACAGUGUCAAAUAUUUCCAUCACGGGGAUGCUUGUCAUGUACCUGCUUGCCGCCCUCUUUGGUUACCUAACCUUCUAUGGAGAAGUUGAAGAUGAAUUACUUCAUGCCUACAGCAAAGUGUAUACAUUCGACAUCCCUCUUCUCAUGGUUCGCCUGGCAGUCCUUGUAGCAGUAACACUAACUGUGCCCAUUGUCCUCUUCCCACAAAAGCAUAGACACUCUUUCCCUUGGUGACAUGUGCUACGAAUUCAGCUGGGUUGAGGAUCUGGGCUAAAUGAACCAAACCUCCCUAUACAUGAAGGAUACACAGAGAUGGUGACAGAGAGUGGUCACUUCCGUGAGUGGAUCUCAAUCAAGUCCUCUGAAGCUAAAUUCAAUUUUUUUUCUUUACUAAAAUGAUAAAAGUUGUUAUUGGCGCUUUUGCUUGUUUAUUUCGUAUAACUUAGGGCUCAGAUUUUCAAUGUGUCAAAUGCUGACUCACAGCAUGGUUCUCCUGACAGUUUAUUUCAUUUAAGGAACUCUUCACCAAUAAGUUUAUUUACUUGCCUUGAUAUCUCCACACAUUAAUAAUAAAACUAAUAAAACCUAAUCUGAAUUAAAAUCUAUCAGCUUUAGGCAUUAUUUUGUGUUCUCCUUCUUUCAACAUGGUAACUGGGCUCUCUUUCUUGGGAGCUUGAGAAGAUAUGACUGGGGUUUGUUUUUCUCUACUUCAUUUAUUAUCUUUCUUUUUUCCAAUCAGGUUAGUUUUUUCCUUUUUAGUAAAAGGUGCAUAGUAACUGCUUGUAGUAUUUGUUGAACAAGUGAAUAAAUGAAAUGAAUUAAGGUAGUGUUUUCACUAGCAGCCCAACAUUUCUUUCUCUCUUAGUAGUGGGUGGGAUAUCAGUUAUGGAAUGGCACCUCCUUCCAGAGGACUGAUCAUGUCAUUUUCAGCUUAUGCUUCCCUUUAUGCAGUAAAGUUCCCAUAUUUCCCUAAAGAACAGGAAACCAAAUAAUCCUAAUGGAUAUAUCAUGAACACACAGACGCAAAUUUCACCUGCCACGCCUUUGAAAAAAGAUCCCUAGCUACUUGUAUUUCAUCUUAUAGUUAAAAUCAGUCUUUUCACUUAUGUUGCCUUCAGAUCUCCUGUUCUGAAGUGUAUAUAGAUAUCAACAUAGAAAUGCAGCGUAUAUUGCUAUCAACUGCAGUGGAGCAGUGAUUCGUAGAUAUUUCCAACAUCCUUGCCUUAAGCAAACCUGCAAAAUCAAAGUGUGAGCUACGUCUAAACAAUGGGAGAGGCUUUUUUUUUUUUUUUAAGAGUUAGAACUAAGACUCUCACUUCCUCCUGUGCCUCCACAUUUUUGACCUUCACAUUGGGCCCCUGCAUCAGAAUAUAGCACCCCCUAACAGGCUCCUGUUCAGGACUCUUUCUCUGGAAAUAACAGAUGUUGUCUCUAGAGCUGCAUAGAACCUUAAUGGAAUCAUUGUGGGUCAGAGGCCCUGGAUGGUGCUGGGGACCUCCCUGACCCACAACAUCUGACCCACAUUUCCAGGUUCCUAGCGAUUUGUGUCAGUAAAGAAAAAGGCACAUAGCUAAGUGGAAGAGCAGAUGAGGCUUGGUGGGAAUCAGCCAGUGGUCUGCCCUAGCAAAGGUAAACAGAACUGCUGGGGGCUUUUGGUCCUAGGCUCACUCCUCAGGGAGGCACUUUAACAUGGAAUGACCAGCAAGUUUCCUUCCUGAUCUUUUCCACCACCACCACAAGCCUAGUACCUCCCUCCCUCUUUGCUCUGUUGCCCUCUUCAGGAAUGCACUGGAAACCACCUUCAGUUCUGUUUGGAAUUUUCCUAUUCCUUAUUCACAAAGACGAAGAAGCUUUUGCAUUUACUCCAACCGUUCUACCUAUUAUUCCCAUAAACUUUCUGUGAUCUCAUAUCAUUAGGCCAAAUGUUAAUCUUCCUGGGAGCCAGGAGACUGCUUUCACAUUCAGAGGCCCUGGACAUAUAAGACUGCCUCUAACUCACUCUAACUCAGCUUAUUGACUUGAAUGCACCUUUUUAACAAGCGACUAAAAAACAAACUGUGACUAUUCUCUGAAAAUGAACCUAUAUCUCAUACUUAUUUAUUCUGUUUAACACUGUGAAACAAAUUAAGUCCUCUGGCACUAUGUAUAUACCAUAAAAAGCUUAUUUGUAAGCCUACUAAUUGGACCAGUUUUGAAAAUAUUGAAUAAGAACUAAUUGCAAAUCAUAAUGUAGAAUUAUAGGCUGCUGAGGAAAACAAUAUCACACCAUUUGCUUUCCUCAGUUUCCUUUUCAGAAUGAGUUUCAUAAUGUUCACUAAUCCAAUUUUUAAAAUCCUUUACAAAGUUAUUCUUAAACUAUUUCCAGAGACUAUCUGAUUUGUCAUUCUAGAAAUGAAAUUGCCUUUUCAGCCUAAACAGAUGGCCUUAAUUUUUGGUGGAGUGGUAUGAAAGGAAUGUCACAUGAGAAACUGCAAGCUAUUUAGCUUGAAUUUUUUGUCAUUCAUACAUGUUUCAAAAUAUAUUUUACAUUUUCUCUCUUUUAAAUGAGUUCCCAUCUCUGCACCUUAAGUGACUUCAGAACAAAAAUUUUAAAGUGAACAUCAAUCACAGCAUUUCCAAAAAUGUGAACUCCUAGCUUAACCGAAGUAUUCACUUAUUGGAAAGCUGAUAGAGUAAUUCCACUAAGUCCAAAAAGUGUCCUCUAAAAGAUUCCAAAGAUAAGAGUGUUUUCAACUUUGUCAAGCUGUACAAACACAAAUGUCACUCCCUCCCUCUGCCCACAGGGAUCUUUAUCCAGUUACAGCAGCGUAACUUGAGCAGCUGCUGCAAACUGAGGCUCUCUUGACCCUUCGCCUACUUAUUUCAGCUGCUAAAAUAGGGCUGAAAUCUGUCAAGGAUCCUGAAGGGAAGGAUAAGAUUCCUACUAUUCAAUUUAAUUUAAGCUUUUAUUCAGUGCCUGCUGUGUGCACAACACUAAGCUAGAAAGUCUGAGGAAUGUUUAGAUUAUUAGGUCCUGUUCCUUGCCUUUCAUAGAUUUACAAUCUAUUGAUAGGGAGAGCUAAA